AUGCCGAUCGAGAUGCCGCGGGGGUUGCCGUUCGCGGUGGACACGUGGACGCCUGCGUCGUCGCUGAAGCGCCACCGCUUCCUCACCCACGCCCACCGCGACCACCUCGCCGGCAUCGUCGCCACCUCGGCCGUCUCCGCCUCCUCCUCCUCCCCGGUCUACGCCUCCCGCCUCACCAUCCUCAUCGCCCUCCGCAUCUUCCCCCAGCUCGACCGCGCCGCGUUCGUCGAGCUGGACGUCGGCCACCCGCCGCUGCGCGUCCCCGACCCCGACGGCGACUUCACCGUCACCGCGCUCGAAGCCAACCACUGCCCAGGCGCCGUGAUGUUCCUGUUCGAGGGCCCCUUCGGCUCUGUCCUGCACACGGGCGACUGCCGCCUGACGCCGGACUGCCUCACCGCCCUGACGCCGCCCCACCUCGCGCGCCGCAUCGACUACCUCUUCCUCGACUGCACCUUCGCGCGGUGCGCCCUGCGGUUCCCCACCAAGGAGGACUCCAUCCGCCAGGUGAUCAACUGCGUCUGGAAGCACCCGAGCGCGCCGGUGGUGUACCUCGUCUGCGACAUGCUGGGGCAGGAGGACGUCCUCAUCGGGGUGUCCAAGGCGUUCGGGUCCAAGAUCUACGUCGACAGGGAGAGGAACUCCGACUGCCACCAGACGCUGACGCACGUCGAGCCGGAGAUCCUCGCGGCCGACGACGCCGCGGCCUCCACCCGCUUCCACGUCAUCCCGUUCCCACGGCUGUCGGAGCGGGCCACGGAGAUCCUCGCGCUGGCGCGCGCCGCGCACCAGCCGGAGCCCCUCAUCAUCAGGCCCUCCUCGCAGUGGUACGUGUACUACGACCCACCGCCACCGGAGGAGUCGGCGUCGACGCAGCAGCAGCAGCAGAAACCGGUGCUGACGGAGGCGAUGCGCGACGAGUUCGGGGUCUGGCACGUCUGUUUGUCGAUGCACUCGUCCCGGGACGAGCUGGAGCAGGCGCUGGGGAUCCUCAAGCCCAAAUGGGUCGUCUCCACCACGCCGCCGUGCAUGGCGGUGGACCUCAGCUAUGUCAGGAAGCACUGCUCCCUGUCCCGGUUUGGCCCUGAUGAUCCCCUCUGGAUGUUGCUCGGGAUACCUGAUGGAAUGUCUACUGUCACCGGCUCGCCGCAGGCGAUGCUGCUGACAGCACAAGCUGUCGAGAAGAGCGACCAAUUGUUCAGUUCUUGCGUUCAUGAGUGUGCCUCUGAUGAUGACAGCCAGGUAGUAGAGGAGGUUGCAGAAGCAGCAGUGAUUGAUUUUGAGAUCAGAGUUGAGCCGCCUGUCACGCUUUUCGGAAGUGCAAGGUUCGGAUUACCGCAACAUGAACCUGAACUGUGGAACUACGAGUAUGAGAGUGUUGAGAUCAUUGGUGAUGUUGAGCUUGAAGUCAAUGAUUGUGCCGCUGAACCUGGGUUUUGUAGCAAUAACAAGCCUAUUGAAGUAGUUGAGUUAACUGAAGCUGCAACAAAGGAGCAGAAUUCAGUUUCUGAAUCUGGGUUUUGUAGCAAUAGCAAGCCUGUUGAAGUAGUUGGGUUAACUGAAACUGCAACAAAGGAGCAGAGUUCAGUCUAUGAAUCUGAGUUGUUGAAGGACAGCAAAUCUGAUGAUCGAGUAGAAGUAGUUGAUUUAACUGAACAUGGAAGGAAAUAUCUGAAUUUGAGGGCAGAGAGUGAACAGAGUAAUAAAGAUGACAAAGGGAAUGGAGAGUCUGAAUCGGGGCUCAAGAACAGAAUCUGA